UCGGAUUAUUCGCUGAAUUUUGCUGUUUGGGACAAGAACUCCUUUUUUUUCUUCUUUUAAAUAUUAUCACGUGUCUGAGAAACUUUACUCUCAGUAACCCAGAACGACAGAAAUGAAAUUCAUUAUAGGAAUCGGCGGCGUGACAAACGGUGGUAAAACCACUUUGACCAACAGGCUUAUCAAAGCUUUGCCUAACUGCUGUGUGGUACACCAAGACGAUUUUUUCAAGCCGCCAGACCAAAUAGAAGUCGGGGAGGACGGCUUUAAGCAGUGGGAUGUGAUUACAGCCCUGGACAUGGAAGCCAUGCUGAACACAGUGAGAGGCUGGAUGGAGAAUCCAGUGAAAUUCGCCCGCUCUCACGGCGUCGGAGUGCCUGCCGUCACGAAAGAGGAAGAUCCCGAAAACCAAAUCCACAUCCUGAUUGUGGAAGGAUUCCUCCUCUUCAACUACAGGCCGCUAGUCGAUCUGCUCAACAAGUGCUAUUACAUCACUAUUCCUUAUGAGGAAUGCAAACACAGGAGAAGUACCAGACAGUACACUGUCCCCGACCCUCCCGGUCUCUUUGACGGACAUGUCUGGCCCAUGUACCUAAAACACAGGAAAGAGAUGGAGAGCUGUUGUUUGCCUAUCGAGUAUCUUGAUGGCUUGAAAACCAAAGACGAGAUCUACAACCAAGUGUUUGAAGACAUCCAGAAUACGUUGUUGAAUCGUUUAUAGCGGGAGCUUCUGGCCUUUCAGAGUAGAGUGUAUAAAGUUGUAAAUACCAUCAAGACGGAUGUCUUUUUCUUUAUUUCUUUCUUUUUUAAAGAUCAUUUUUAAAGU